AUGCUCCUGCUUGCCCUGCUCACGAGCUCUGCCGCCGGCCGCCGUCCUCCACCAAGCUCCGGCGGCCCUGUCUUACGGCGGAACGCUGCCUACCCGCGCAGCCGCACGCGCCUUGCCGCCGACGCCUUGCAGCCUCCAGAGGCGCCCUCGGCCCGAGCGAUCCGCGAGUUUGCGCUGCCGUGCCUAGGCCUGUGGCUCAGCAGCCCGGUCCUCUCGCUCAUCGACACUUCCGCGGUCGGACUCUCGGCGCACCCGGGGAAGGGCGCGUCGUCUCUCGCCGCACUCGGGCCCGCAACCACCUUUUGCGACGGCACCGCCUACCUUUUCGCCUUCCUCAACGUGGCCACCACCAACCUGUACUCGUCCCAGCGCGCCGCCGCCGCCGCCGCCGCCGAAGGCGCCGCCGCAGGUCGCCCGUCGCCGGACUCGGAGAGUGUGGUCCGCAUCGCCGCGAGGCUGAGCUUGGCUUGCGGCCUGCGCGCGAAAAUAGAUGCGGCUGAGGUACGACGGCUCAAAGCGCGGGUGGUUCCCGCGAUGCGCCGCAACACUCCGCACCCCGAGCGCGCACUCACUCCUCUCCGCUGCACGCUGGGAAGAGUCACGCGACUCGCCGUCGUGUGGGUGGAGCAGCGCGCAAGGGGCUGGCUCGCGAUGCUCGUGCUGGUCGCGUUCGCUCCGCCGCUGCUCUCUCUGUACGUGGGCGCCGAGACCGCGUCCAACGCCGCGAUCCUCGCCCCCGCCGUGGCGUACGUGCGGAUUCGCGCCCUCUCCCUGCCGGCAGCGCUGCUGAGCGGCGUCCUGUCUGCGGCGCUGCUCGGGGCGAAGGAGUCGCUCACGCCGCUGCUCGGCUCGGCGGACUCGCUCACGCCGCUGCUCGGCUCGGCGGUGGCUGCUGUCUGCAACGUCGGGCUCGACUUGGUCGGGGUCGUCCUCCUCCGCCAGGGCGUGCCGGGCGCCGCGUGGGCCACGUCCGUCGCGCAGUGCGCGGGCACUCUCUCGCUGCUGCUCGUCGCGCGCAAGAAGCUGGUGCCGGACGGAGGCUUCGGGCUCGUGCCACGCCGGCGGCCGGCGACGGCAGCCCGCGGCGGCGGUGGCGGCGGCGGCGGCGGCGGCGGCGGCGGCGUCUCGUCUCGCACGUUCCUGCUCUUUGCCGCGCCGGUCCUCACCCUCAUCCUGGGGAAGAUCACUUGCUUCGGCUUCAUGACCUACUCGGCCGCGCGGUUGGGCGAGCUGCCGCUCGCCUGCCACCAGCUCGCCCUCACCACCUUCUUCUUCCUGUCGCCGCUGCUCGAGGCCUUCCUCCCGCCAUACGCGCGCCCGCCCGACGGCGCAAAGGUUGCUGCGUGGCGAGACGCGGAGGCGUCCGUCGCGGCGCGUCUGCUGCGGCUGUCCAUGGCCGUCGCCGUCGGCGCCGCGCUGGCGGGCGGCGCGUUGCCGCUCUUCGGCACCGGCCUCCUGACCAACGACGCGGCCGUCGCCCUCGGCAUGCGCCGCCUAGAGUUCUGGGCGGUGCUCUGGGCACGCUGCACGAUGCCACACCCCCUCGCUCAGAUCGCACGGUGCCCCUCCUCGCUAGGCAUGCGCCCGCUGGCGGCCCCGCUCGCGAUCGCCGCCCUGCUCACCGGCGCCGUCACCGCGUCGGAGGGGACGCUGCUCGCGCGGCGCAGCCUCGGCGCGCUGUCGGUGGUGUACCUCUCCUCCGUCGCGUUGCUCCCAUUCAUGCUCACGCGAGCCUCGUCCGCGGCGGCCAUCUGGCGGACCUUUGGUCUCUUCCAGCUCAUCCGCGCGGUCGCCUUCAGCGGCCGUGUCUGGCUCCCGCGCGUGACCGCGGCGCGCAGUGCCGACUGA